AUGGCACUCAUAAGCACAAAUGGAGACCGAGAAUUACCAACUGAGACUGCAGAGGCUCACAUCUCGCUUGCUGUGGUCCUGUUUGUCUGUUCUGUCCUUAUUCUUGUGGGAAACUCGUUCACGAUCGUAAGCAUCUUACAAUUCACCCGAAGAAAAAACACGUACACUUUACUAAUCGUGUCUCUUUCGUUCACGGAAGUUUUCAACGUACUCGGGCCUAACGGAAUUGCUUUGUACGCGAUUUUGGACAAAAGUAGCGAAUUGAAAGAUCUUUUCACCUUGUGCAGAGUUCAAGCCUGGCUAAUGGUGUUCUUUCGCAUCGUAGCGACAAUACUAGUCUUCGUCUUAACCUUAGAUAGAGUUUUUGUGACAACUUUGCCACAGUUUUACCACAAACACUGGAAAGGAAAAUUAUUUAUCAUAAUAUUCUUCGGCAUUUGGAUCAGUGCAACGUUUCUUGCUACAUGGCCUCUGCUGUGGCUUGAAGGUUUUCAAGUUUCCAGCGAUUCCGGAGGGCUGUUUUGUUUAUUCCCCCAUGACAGUCCCUUCGCGCAAUUUUUUGUUCUGCUUCACUGUUUUUUGUUGAUGAUCAGCUGUUUUUGCUUUUAUGCAAUAUUUGGUAUGGCUGGCAAGAAAUCUUUCGAUACAAAGAAUGCAAAACAUGAGAACAUGGAUAUUUCAUCGAGACAGCUUAUUGCAGAGAAAGACAUUAUCGCGAGCUCGAAAGAGUUUUCUCGCCUGGUUGUAUUGGUAGUCGUAAUUUAUUUCUGUUCUCUUCUUCCAUGGAUGGUAAGUAUUGGCAAAAUCCGUUUUCCUUUUUAGUUUUUACUUCUUCACCAUUUAAAGUUUCUUUUUAGUAUAACUUUGUGUCGAUAAAGAAAUGCCGAAAGUCUCUCUUUGAAUAAAACGUUUCUUACUUAUUUCCAAAAAUAUUCGAUUGUGAAAGAAUACAUACAAACUACAUAAGACUUCAUUAGGUCGUUCGAUUAAAUGAUAAUAACCAGUGUUUUCCUUUAUAAGCCCCUUUCCUCAAAUAUAAUUUCGUUUUUGCAAUACGUUAACAGAAAAAUUAAUAAUUAUUCAACGAAGUGGAGAUGAAUAGUACUUGCUAUUCACUUCCGAAAUAGCCAAUCAGCGCGCGCGAAAAGCACCAUUUACCUGAGAUUAUAAAGUAACCGCACGACUUACUUACCUUUUUUUGUUUAAAUAUCAUUAUUAAAUUUAUGAACUAAUGGAUCAUAUUAAGUGAAAACUUCAGGAGGGAGAUUUUUCGUAGGCCUCGCAGAUAUGAGCAGGUUCAGAAAUAAAGCUCGGAACUCUUGAAAGUACAGUCGCAAUAAUUAAAACGACUUCUUAAAGGGAUCAAUAGCGUUCAUUUGAACUCAUCAACGAAUACAUAUUUCAAAUAUUCAUGAACUAGAAAUCGGUCUGGGAAAUCAAUAAAUAUGUAAAUAUAAAAAGUAGAUUCAUUAUUUCGUUCUCUUCGUUUAGAAACCUUCUUUCUCUCUUUUUUUUUUUAGGUAGCUUUAUGUCUUGGUAUUUUUUCAAUUGGAUAUCCUUCUCUUUUUGGAUUGUGUGCGACCCAGAUACCAAUGGUCAGUGGUUUACUGAAUCCUGCGUUGUACGGGAUCAUGUGGCUCCCGUUCAGACGAGCUUACAUCCGCGCUCUCAAGUGGCCUGGGGCAAAAUGUUGUCGCAGGCAAAGGUCUUUACGCGCACGGUCCCACACUCUAAACUGUAAGUUAUGUGUUAUUUUAUAAAUUUUGAGCUGUUUGGAUGAUAACGUACAUUAAAGGGUUAACAACAAUAACAACGAAUCUCUCAUUGUUCAUAAGAAUGGUAUUAAAUUGGAAUAAAGUAAAAUUGUUUACAGUUAACUUGGUAACACGCAAAAUUUUAAAGCAUAGUUUAAUUAUUAUUGGAGCCUAGAGAUUUCGAGCUAGCCCCAGCCAGAGACUAGUUUAAGUGAUUAAACAACAGUGUGAUACAGAGCCAUGUGCAGCAAUGUAAAGAAAUACGAAUCUAUUCUGCCACUUGCAAGACUGAGCUAAGAAAACGUUCACCAUUCAAACUGGUUUCUCUGCACUAACUUAAUGGCAAUUUUUGAAAGGAAAAUUGAUAGUAUUGGCGAUAAGAAAAAUUAUUUUUAUCUAAAAUGGGGACGUGAUAGAUCAAAGCAAGUUUUCAAGUGAAAGAUGAUACAAUUAUGUAAUGCUAAGGAAGUGUUACCUUUUAAAAGUCAUGAAAUUUUGAAAAAAGGGAAGUAAGUUUUUAUGUACGAAAGCCGUAGGUUAUAAACCAUUAUUUCACUCGCAUCGGCCAAUUAUGUUCCAGAAUUUGUAACAUCAACUGUUUUCCUCGUAACAGCCACCGCGAGUGCAAAUCACGGCAGCUUCUGGUUAUCGGAUAGCUUAGUUGACGAGGAUGGCGAACAAGAAAAUGCAUUUCAGAUUCUGUUUGGUCCCACGUCAUGUAUCAAGCCUCUCGACUUUAAUCCAGAAGAGCUGGAAAUGUUCGAACAAGAAUCGGAAAUGUGCGCCUCUUUAAACAAUAACGGAGCGGUCUUUCAACACUCAAAACCCACAAUCUGGAGAGAGACUGGAAACCAUUUCCAAAACAUUUUGGAUCUUAUUGACUCGAUGACAGACGGAAGUCGACAGAAAGUAAUUGAAAAGGGAUUGGGAAGAGAAAGCAAAGACUCAAGAUGGUCAAAUGGUAACAGUGCACAUAAAAGGUCGGCGGACAACAUUAAUAUUGGUAUUUCCCGUCAUAGUAGUGGUCUUGAAUUAUCGUUUCGCCAUCCAAAUUCCGCCCAAACCCCUAGUUUGCCUCAUUGCAGAAAGUACAGCAACGGUUCUGCAGACUGUUCUUGCCUCCGAAAAUCAAAAUGCUACGUAGUGGAGCGAAAAAAUCGUGAACUGGACUUUCUAGUGUCUAGAGAUUUAAUGGGGAGUGCCAGUUCUGGAGAAUCUGUUAGGAUUGAGAUCUGA